CAUGCUUCCUAUGUAACCGAUGACGAAUGCCAACCCUCGCAUACUCGAAUACGAACGAAUCCUUCUCACGAACGAAAGAGAGCAAAAUACCCCACACAAGCAAGCAAGGGCCAAACAACACUCGCCACCCGACAGCCCUCGCGGAGGCGUGUCAUCACUUCUUACACCUGCUGUUCAGCAUGUGCAUACAUAUGCAGAUCGCAGCAGGGGAGGCUGGGCCAAACAAAAAACAAUGCAAAUCUUCCAUGUUCAGCCCAGUCAGCCAUAAGCACUACGUACCCCGCCUAAUCACUCACUCCACAGUUCCCCGUAUUCUAUCCUUCGGGAGAGGGAGAGGGAGAGGCGAGAAGCAAGACAAGGCUAUGCUAUUUGCUAUGAGUGUACACGGUUGUUAAUG